AUGGCUAUUGAAUCUCAAGUACCUCACUUACUCGAACACGAGGAUUUGAGAUCUUUUAUUUCUAAGAAGUCUCAUGAAUUCGAAGAACCUCAAUAUGAAUCUUUCCCUCAAGGUGAUGGAACUUUAGUUCCAGAAUAUAAUGAAGUUGAACCAACUGCUCUUGAAUGGGUUAAAGAAGUUAUUGGUGAUCCAUUAUUAAAAAUUAGAAAUUAUUUAUUUUCUCUUUUCCCUAUUUUAAAAUGGAUCUUACAUUAUAAUGUACAAUGGCUUUAUGGUGAUUUAGUCGCUGGUAUUACUGUUGGUAUUGUAUUGGUUCCUCAAUCUAUGUCUUAUGCUCAAGUUGCCACUUUAAGUGCUCAAUAUGGUUUAUAUUCUUCCUUUGUUGGUGUGUUUAUUUAUUCAUUUUUUGCAACUUCAAAAGAUGUCUCUAUUGGUCCUGUUGCUGUUAUGUCUCUUCAAGUUUCUAAAGUUAUUGCUCAUGUUCAAAAGAAAGUCGGUGACAAAUAUGAACCUCAAGAUAUUGCUACUUUCUUAAACUUAAUUUGUGGUGGUAUCGCUCUUGGUAUUGGUAUCUUAAGAUUAGGUUUCAUUUUAGAAUUUAUUUCAAUUCCUGCUGUUAUGGGUUUCAUGUCUGGUUCUGCCAUUAACAUUAUUGCUGGUCAAGUUCCUGGUUUAAUGGGUUACAACUCUUUAGUUAACACUAGAGCUGCUACUUAUUUGGUUAUUGUCGAUUCUCUUAAGAACUUGAAAUAUUCAACCGUUGAUGCUGCAUUUGGUUUAGUUCCAUUAGCUAUCUUAAUCUUCUGGAAAUGGUUUACUGAUUUCGGUCAAAAGAGAUGGCCAAAAUAUAAAUGGUACUUUUUCUACACUCAACAAUUAAGAAGUGCUAUUGUUAUUAUUGUUGCUACUGCUAUUUCUUGGGGUAUUGUUCAUCCAAAGAGAAAAGCUUUUAAAGGUAAACCUUCUAAAUUUAAACCACCUUUUUCAACCAUUGGUGUUGUUCCAUCUGGUUUAAGAGAAGUUGGUCUUUACCAUCCACCAGCAGGUAUUGUUGAUGCUUUAUCUUCAGAAAUUCCAAUUUCCACUGUUAUCUUAUUAUUAGAACAUAUUGCUAUUUCUAAAUCUUUUGGUAGAGUUAAUGAUUAUAAGGUUAUUCCAGAUCAAGAAGUUAUUGCUAUUGGUGUUACUAACUUGAUUGGUACUUUAUUCCAUGCUUAUCCUGCUACUGGUUCUUUCUCUAGAUCUGCUUUAAAAGCUAAGUGUGGUGUUAGAACUCCAAUUGCUGGUCUUUUCACUGGUGCUGUUGUUUUAUUAGCUUUAUACUGUUUAACUUCUUCUUUCUACUAUAUUCCAAAGGCUACUAUUAGUGCUAUCAUUAUUCAUGCUGUUCAAGAUUUAGUUGCUAACUAUAAAGUUACUUGGGGAUUCUGGAAUAUUGCUCCAAUUGAUUGUGGUAUCUUUGUUAUUAAUAUCAUCAUUACUGUGUUUGCUUCUAUUGAAGAAGGUUGUUACUUUGCCAUGGCUGCUUCUGCUGCUGUCUUAUUAUUCAGAGUUGCUAAACCACAAGGUCAUUUCUUAGGUAGAGUUCAAGUUGCUGAAGUUAUUAACCCAACCAUUACUAGAUUAGAAAGUGAUUCAUACUCUAACGAUGAUUCUAAUGAAUCAUCUGAAGAUGUUGAAAUUCAUCAAGUCUUAGAUAACUCCGAAGGUAAAGAAGUUUCCAAGUCUGGUAAGGGAUCAUUAAUCACUACAAAUGCUCAAGAAUUAGUUAGAACUAAUCCAAGAGUUAAAUUCCACACUAGAUGGGUUCCAUUAACUAAAGAAAAUCUUAAUAGUCAUGUUCGUGUUCAACCUCCUCCACCAGGGGUGAUUGUUUUUAAACCAAUUGAAUCAUUUACUUAUCCAAAUUCAUCUCGUCAAAUUGAUAUUGUUGCUGAUGAAGUUAAACGUUUAACUAGAAGAGGUAAACCUUAUGAUACAUUAAACGUUGGUAAUAGACCAUGGAAUGAUCCUGGUCCAUUAAGAUGGAAGCUUCCAUUCUUAAAUAAUGAAACCAUUCAUGAUGUUAAAGAUGUAGUAGAAACCAGACCUUUAUUAAGAUUAGUUCAUUUUGAUUUUUCUGCUGCUCCAAGUAUUGAUGUUACAUCUGUUCAAGCAUUAGUUGAUUUAAGAAAUCAACUUAAUCGUUAUGCUGAUCGUGAAGUUGAAUUCCAUUUCUCCGGUAUCUUAAGUCCAUGGAUUAGAAGAGGUUUAAUUCAAGCAGGUUUUGGUACUUAUGGUGAAAAUGGGUUAGUUAGUGAUAAGACUUAUGUUAACAUUGCUGCUGAUAAUGAUUUAGAACUUCAAUACUAUCCACCAGUUGGAACCAACACUCCUUUCUUCCAUUUUGAUAUUCCUGAAUAUUCCUGA